CGUGUGAUACUGCAAAAUACCAAGCAAAUACAGGGCCAGAAUAGCUAGGUUUCAUUUGACGUAGACGUGACGUCGACGUAAAGCGCGAAAUUUGACUGGCGGUCGGAAGUGAAAAAGAUAAGCGCAAAAUCACAGACAGACAGUACGCAAAAUGCCUAUGUCCUGUUGUGUUUACGGAUGCUCCAGUAGGUCGACCAGAGAAACCGAUAAACGGUAUUUUAGGGUACCAAAAAUAGCCCAACGAAGAGGAGAAAAAUGGAAAAUUCUAACCGAAAAACGUAGGAAAAAAUGGAUUUUAAAUUUACGUUUACAGUCGGGAGGAGCAGAGUCUGCCAAUGCCCGUGUCUGCAGCGACCACUUCGUCAGAGGCUGCCCAAGUGCUUUGGAUGACGAAGAGUCGGAGGACUGGGCUCCGACGGUCAAUCUCGGCUACGAACGAAAACCCAGAUCGGAAUCAGUUCUCAAACGAGAGAAAAGAAUGAAGCUUAAGGCAGAACAGCAUCGAUGUGCAGAGGCGAUUUUGGAUAUGCAACAGACGGCUGAGAGCCCGGAUUUGAGCCUAGUGACAGUGGAGAACCCCGAACUGCAGCUUCCAGCUGAGAAUCCACAACCAGAAGACUUCAGUGUGAAUGAGACAUUCACUUAUCCAGGCUGUGCGGCUGCUGGAUGCCAGACAGAGCUGACGAUGGAUGACAUCGAGAAGAUGGAGGAUGUUUUGAGACAGAACACAGCAGAGCUGGUUGAUCUUCGGAGCAAGGCUCUGGACACACAGUUCAGCCAGGAGGCUUUUGAAAAAAAUGAAGACAAGACAAAGUUCUACACAGGGCUCCCCAACUUCUUAGUUUUAAGAAAGUGAUUCUUUUAAACUAUAAAAGCCACUUAUAUAGGAUAGAGCAGUUAUGAAAAGAAUAAUCAAAUUCUAAACACAUUUUAAUGACCAAUAAAUCACUAUGAUUUUUCUUUCCACAGUAAUUAACAGAACCAAACUCACCCCUCUGCUUUUCUUUUCUUUCUUUUUUUUGAGACUUAUGAUUUAAACGUGUCUUUCUCUAAAGCACUUUGAGUUAGCUUCUGUUUUUUUAAAUUUUCUAUAGUCUAUAAAUAAAAUAGACGUAACAAUCAGCACAAAAAGGUUAAUGCAUUUUUCCGCCGAUUGAUUGGUUAAUAUAUUCAUUAAAAUAGCGAAUGAUUGAGCAAACAGUAGAAUCAGGAAUCUGUUCACGCACCACAUUUAAUAAAAAUAUGUCUAUAAGUCUGAAGUUGGAAGAGUAUCAUGCUUAAGAAUGCAUUAUUGUCUGCAUUUUAUUUAAGUAUUAAAAAAAUAUAUUCAUGGUAGGUGGUGUAGUGGUUAGCAACUUCCUUCUCUAGUCCAAACACAUGGGUUAGGUUGUUUGGUAAUUCUAAAUUGGCUGUAGGUGUGAAUGGUCUUCUGUCUUUAUAUGUUUUCUCUGCAAACUUACGUCUUGUCCCUGUUGUCUCCGUAUGUACCCUAUGAUAUAAGUAUAUAAAGGUUUUAGAGCAAUGUAUGCUCUCAUCCAGGUGUUUCUUUAAGGGAAGGCCUUGAGUUUUUCAGCAAGACAAUGCAUACCAGGACGACCCAAAACUACUGAGUGUCUAGAAUGUGAGACAAAAAAUGGAAAACACUACACUCCCAAAAGUCCAUCCACUAGUCUCCUGGACACAUGAUAUAUGUAUCUUCCUUCACUCUAUGAUAUCAGCCAGCACUCUGCCUUAACCAGUCAUAGUAUCUACAUUUAAAUGCGUCCUCUCACUUCUACAGCUUUCCUUCUCUCUCACUGCCCCCUAUGCCUUCCUUCUUUUCAUCUUCCUGUCUUCUGCCAACAGCAGCACAGUUUUGACCAGCAGUGAAAGCACUCGUUGUUAAACCGGGCCUUAACCAAUCCAGUAUGAAUGGAAAUCUAAUUCUGUAUUAUUUGCAU